CCAUUAUAUGCUAUCCUGCAAAUUACAUGACAAGCCCAUAAUAGUAGUGGCUCGUCUAAAAUACCGAGCCUCAAAAAUCAAGUGGACCUUCCACUCCUUUUAUAAUCUUUUCCUUUUUAUAUUUUACAAAAAAUAGAAAGAUUUUAAUGAAAUCUAAACCUCAGAAUUUGAUUGGCCAAUGAGUGAAUGAGUAAUGAAAUUGAAGAUACAUUCCUGCAAAAUUAUCUUAUCCACGCAUAUCCUCAACUCCCCCUUGACAUUUUUCUCAUUUGUCCAAACACGUCCUUAUAAAUAUUUGGCCCCUCCAUAAUAUCUUAAAUAUCAAUUUCUUUCAACAUUAGAUUUCACUUUCAAAGUUGUACGGAGUGACAUUGUAUCUUGAAAUUCAUAUUAUUGUACCAAAACAAUGGCUCUCCAAGCUGCUUCGUUGCUUCCUUCUGCCUUGUCCAUCCCAAAGGAGGGAAAGUCAUCUGCUUCUCUCAAAGAGUCUAGCUUGUUUGGGCUAUCUCUGUCAGACUGUGUUAAGGCUGACUUCAGCUCAUCUGCUUUGAGGUGCAAGAGAGAAUGCAAUGCAACAAGGCCAACAGUAAGACCAAUCAGAGCACAAACCACAGCAGUGGCAACACCAGGGGUGACCAGAUCAUCGUCAGAGAAAAAGAAAACUCUAAGAAAGGGAAGUGUCAUAGUCACCGGUGCAUCCUCCGGUUUAGGACUCGCAGCAGCGAAAUCACUAGCCGAGACAGGGAAAUGGCAUGUAAUUAUGGCAUGCAGGGAUUUUCUUAAGACCGAAAGGGCAGCUAAGGCUGCUGGUAUGGCAAAGGAGAACUAUAGCAUAAUGCAUCUUGAUCUUUCUUCUCUUGACAGUGUUAAGCAGUUUGUUGAUAACUUCAGGCAGUCAGGAAUGCCCCUUGAUGUGUUGGUUUGCAAUGCUGCUAUUUACCGACCUACUGCCCGUGAACCUACCUACAGUGCUGAAGGCUUUGAACUCAGUGUUGGGACUAACCAUCUUGGCCAUUUCUUGCUCUCAAGGUUGUUACUCGAGGACUUGAACAAGUCGGAUUACCCUUCCAAGAGGCUCAUUAUAGUCGGAUCUAUAACAGGGAACACAAACACAUUGGCCGGGAAUGUGCCUCCAAAGGCCAACCUAGGGGAUCUGAGGGGGCUCGCUGGUGGAUUGAAUGGACUAAACAGCUCUGCCAUGAUAGAUGGUGGAGAUUUUGAUGGUGCAAAGGCAUAUAAAGAUAGUAAAGUCUGCAACAUGCUCAUCAUGCAGGAAUUCCACCGCCGUUUCCAUGAAGAAACCGGAAUCACCUUCGCUUCUUUAUACCCUGGCUGUAUUGCCUCAACUGGCUUGUUCAGGGAGCACAUCCCCUUGUUUAGGACUCUUUUCCCUCCCUUCCAAAAGUUUGUCACCAAGGGCUAUGUCUCUGAAGAUGAUGCUGGUAAAAGACUUGCCCAGGUUGUGAGUGACCCGAGUUUGACAAAAUCCGGUGUAUACUGGAGCUGGAAUAAGGCUUCGGCCUCAUUUGAGAAUCAGCUGUCUCAAGAAGCAAGUGAUCCCAAGAAGGCUAAGAAAGUCUGGGAGAUCAGUGAAAAACUAGUUGGUUUGGCUUAGUGUGUGUGUGUGUGCGCGCGCGCGUGUUAAGCAGAUGUCUGCUAACUGAGAGAGAAGGUAGAAUCGAAAAUCUCAGGGGUUUCGAAUAUUGUUGGGAUUCUGUAAGGAAACUUUUGCUUUGUAAGUAGUUUAAUUGAUUGCAAUUCGUAAUAAAAAACCUACUAAUCCCCUUUGGAAAAUAGUGAGGAUCUGUUUAUUUAA